AUGGUUAACGUUCAAGUUUUAACCGACAAAAGCCAUGGUCCUUAUACAUUCUAUUGCCCGUUCCAGGUCUCCGAAAAAUCCGAUUACGCACCACCAUUACCUCUUAAGCCAGAUGAACAAAAAUCAGAAGAGGAUGCAUCACCAUUACUACCCAAGAUAAAUGAAAAAACAGUAGAAGAAUAUGUAUCACCAUUACCACUCAAGGUUGAUGAUACCUACAUUAAACCUCCCUUGGGUGUUAAUCGGAACUUGACAGUUUUUAUUGGGAUUCUAACCGUUGACAAAAAGUUUGAGAUAAGAGACCACCUGCGCAAGAUGUAUAAGCACAAUAACGGCGCUCUUGCACGGUAUCUUGGAGUCAAUGAAUCUCCCGUAACGAUCAAGUUUUUCACAGGACAUCCGAAGGGUAAAUACAAAGCCAAGUUAGAGCAAGAAUCUAAAAAGCACGGGGAUAUAGUUAUACUUAAUAUCAAAGAAAAUAUGAAUGGCGGAAAGACCCUCAAGUUUUUUGAUUGGUUCGCUGAGAAUCGAAAUGAUGAUUACAUGUUGAAAGUGGACGAUGAUAGCUUCGUCCACCUCAUUCAUUACUAUCGCGACAUUCAAGAUUUGCCGAGAGAGCGCGCAUACUAUGGCUUUGCAUUAAACUUUACUGUACAUAAUAAAGAUCCCGACCUUUUCAUGUGGGGUAUGGGAUACACGAUCUCUCGUGACCUCGUCAUGGACAUCGUCGGGUCACGCUGGGUUCGUUCACAUGCCAAGGGUAAUGAAGAUAAUAUGAUAGGCCGCUGGAUGUGUAAAGUAGCCAGAGAGAACAAAUAUCUAAUACACUAUGUAGGUUUCACUCAUCGCGGCUGGCCAAAUGAUCUUUUUCGAAACUUUCGCGAAAAUCCCUUCCACGAUGUCGGAAUUGAUUCUAAAAAUGCAGAUCCCCGCUUCCCCGAUGAGUCCAUAAUACUUCACCGAAUGAAGAGUGUCAAAGAAUUUAAGGCCAUUGAAGAUGUGUAUUUUUACAAUGACGGUUUUCCGAAGAUUAGAGUUAUUCGAAAUUCAACGACUGCAGGUCUGAUCACAAAAAAAGAACUUUUUCAAGGAUGUUGGAUUAUGUCCAAGAAAAAUCAGACCUGGAAACAAGCUCUCAGUUGGACCCAAGCGCGGGAUAUAUAUAAGAAUUGGUUCUACGAGGCUUGGGGUUUCAAGGAAGGACGAUGGUAUGGACAUUAUGGGCCAAAAGAUAAAAUAGUAUUAUCUGAUGUUUAA